UCAGCUAACUAAAAAUAAUGCGUGGCAAAAAGUAGAUUUGAUCACAGAUGUUAUAGUUAUUACGAGAUUCGUGGUUUUAAACACUUGGUAUUAUUCGGCUCAAAGGACUGUUCGUACGUUGUUUCGAUGAGUGAUAACUAGCAGAGCUACAUUAAUGCAGACGUCACCAAAUACAGUCAAAGAUUCCACAAGCAGCGCCAUUAGUCAACCAUUCAGAUAACCUUGUGUAACGGUCUACUGAGUCACACCUUACUAUUACAUACCUCGUAAAUCUGAGCUCAUAGUAUCUUGUGCGAACCGUUGAUUCAGGAGUUAUCUUUUUGGACUAUCUCAGGUUACGAUAUCGACGCCUGAUUACAGUCAAAUUUUAUCUUUUCAAUUUUGGAAAUAUUUGCUUUAAGUCGAUUUACGGACAUCUAACGUUCGACCACACAUGGUGCGCGACCGCGGUAUUUAGCAGCUUUUAACCUUUUUAAAAGAAGCGCAAUGAGAGGAGUAGGAGAUAUCUUUGAGCUACUAAUAACAAUAAAUUCUAUCUAGACUAUCGAUUUUUUCCGGGCGGGAGUGAAGGUUGUUCCAUGCGAGUUUUAAAUCAAUUUCCUGUCACUCGGUCUCUCGCUACGGAUAAAUGGUGAAUAACUGAACAACUUCUUGAAACUUCAUUUCCCUAAUAAUCCAUUAACUACUGUUUUGUCUAUUUUACAGAACAGUGUUUUGAAGCAGUCACGUUGGUUUCGUAGCCGGUUUAUACUUCACAAGUAGGUGACGAUGGACGAGGAUUAUUUUAAACCUUUGAAUGUCGACAAUCGAUAGCAACAUGAAGCCACUCUGAAGGAAAAUACAGCUUUCCGAUAAUACAUCUCAUAUUAAAACAUGCUAGAAUUGACAAAAGGAACUCUAGACGAGAGGGAAAGACCAGCUUAACACCACAAUCGGGUAUGUGUAAAUGCCUUUUGUAGUUCAAUUUACACGUUCCUUUCUUUCAGCGCUAAUCUAUUUCACAUCACCGCGCAUGACUGUGGUCGUCACAAUGAGAGGGCUGUAUGUGUCCCAUGAGGAUCAAAGCCAGCGUCCACUAUGAUCUUUCUGACUUCAGCAAUCGCAGUCAUAGAUGUGGACUGGAAAUAAUGCCACACUACCUUGAGAAAUGCGCAUCUGGUACAGCGAAAAAGAUCGUUUACCUUUAGAGUUUAGGUUAUCGAAAGACGAUCACUUUAUGUGAAGAUGAAUAUUUAUAGCUGGUUUGAGUAUUUGUGGAUUGCAGAGUUAUCUCAUUCCCACGCGAAAGAUGGCCAGUGACGAAAAGAUUCUCGACGAGUUGCACUUCCUUUCCUGGAAAAUCGACACGUUAGAGAGGAAGCUUGAAUCAAGUAUGUCUAUACAAAGAGACUUAGCUGCAAGCUUACUACAGGAAGACAGCUCAUUCGCUGGUUCAGUGUCAGCGUCUAAGAAAUUUGAGCGGAGAAAUUUGUCCGGUUCAAGUUGUUCCGAAGCGGUGUCCAGCGACGAUGAACAUAACAGCUCUCACCUAGAUGGUACAUACUGUGCGGUUUCAGAAAAUGAACCCGAACGCAGCACUUCGUAUCUUAUUAUACCCGUCGGCAGCUACAAAGACAAUGACUCUUGUUCAAUUUCAACGGAAAAACAAACUUUCAGAUGGUCAGAAAUGGAUGACAAUGCUAGUAAAUAUACCACCUCUGACGAUGCGCUGAACGGUGACAAAGACGGCGCCUCAAAGGAAAAGCUAGAUGUAAAUGCGAAGGAUUUGAAUGUUUGUGAUACCCCAAAAUCGUUUGCAAAUCAGGUAACAACGCCACCAAGUCAAAGCAGAUUUGAUAAAAGCGAAAAACAAAUGUGUACUCAGUGGAAUGUACGUGUUUCAGAGAUAAUUCCUUCAGGAAAUUGUUUACUUAGCUCAAGAGGAUCACAUUGCAUUGCCGACGAUCAAUUUGAAGACAAAAGUAAUGUAGGGGGCGCUUUUGACACUGACCACGAUGAGGAGGAAAACUCAACCUUAUCAAAUGGCAACUUCAGUACACGGAAUUCAAGCUGUAAAUAUGGCCUUACGAUUGGCAUAGCAACGGCCCAAGGGUUACCUCAAGUUGUUAGCUCUAAUCAUAGGGACUCAAAACAAAAUGUUGACGAACAGAAUACUCUACAAUUUCACAAUUCAGCGAAAUUUAAGAGCAAUUUUUCAGCUGACGAAAUCGAGGAGAAGAGGGCUGAAGUGGAGCUAUUGAGGCCUUUGUUCAAAGAAUCAACAACUCAAUCAAGUUAUUCUUUCAAUGAGAUAACAUUUGAUCAGAUUUACCAUCACCCUUCAGAGUCAACUGACAAAGCGAAUUACAAACAAAGCUCAAUUGAUUUUACAACUGAAAUCGAUGCUCGCAACUCGGAAAAGGAAAGUAAACCUUCUUAUAACGUGAUUUACAUUGAUCCAGAGUCAUCUGAGGUUGACCAUAAAAAUUGCGAUUUUGUUGACGUUGUAGGACGAGCUUCUUUGUUUUCUCAAAACAAUCUUGACACAUCAAAUGCAAAUUGCGUCGAAGGAUUUGGACAGUCAUCAUCGGAGAACGUUGAUCCGGACAGGAAGCAAGCGAUGGCAGUUUAUUCUCUGCCUGUGAAGAACAAAAAGUUCGAAAUGGAUGUUUAUUUACCUCGACAAGUGGAGCCAUUUCCGUUCGGAAACCGCCGACUUCAACAGAACGAAUUUAAUUGCGACGCUACUGCGAGUAAUAAGUUGAUUGAAAUGCAAAUAGGUGGCCCUCAAGAUGAACAAAGACACGAGCAUUCUUAUUGUGCUCGAAAACAAUUUGACGCUGAGACUCAUUCAACAAACAAUGGAGCCGAUAAACAAAACGAAAGCACAAGAAGUAAUACACACAUCCAAGACAUUCCGAGAAGUGUCAACAACUACGGCGACACUUCAAGGGAGGCGCUGAAUCGAGUAAACAGAACAAAGCCCUUACAGCAAGAGGUUGAUGGCCAUAUUUCACAGUUUGAUGAUCAAGCUUAUUGCAUUGUCGGAUGUAGCAAUGAUUACAAUUCAAUUAACACUGAUAACAUUAAUAGGACCGCUGAGCACGAAGCAAAGACUAACAUGUACCCAUUACCCCCUAGUUAUGAACAAGUUGUUAAAGAACGUGUUCGUAAUCUAGCGCCAGGACCACGCGCGCAUUUAGGACACAUGUUUCCCCAGAACCACUUCCAGACAGACGGAAAGUCAUAUGUUGAUGGAACACAAUCAAAAGAUCGUUUUGAUACAGAAAGCAGAUUUUCUGAGCCGCUAAUAUCAGUUUUAAGUGACGACGUGUUUUUUGACUCAGCACUAGAUCCAAUUUCGGUUAACCAAACGUCAUCCAAAAACCACACCGCAAUCAACGAUGUGUCUGAAUCAGACAGCUGUUUCUCUUCUAUUACAAGUGUCAGUUCCACCAACGAAGGAGUCUACCCCUGGAAAAUCCGCAAUAACUCGGCCUCUCGUGAACGUGAAUAUGAUAAAAUGAAAAUAAUUGCUCGAAAGCCUCAACAUUCCUUGAGCACCAUAAAACAGUUAUCUUCCACCAGAUCAUACCAAAGAGAUAGUGACUCUUCAUCAGACAGUGAGCCCUGUGUGCGCGGUUUCAGGCUCUCUCCGUUACCGCGUUCUGUUCGUGCUCCAUCUCUCCAUGAACAACUCGUACAGGAUAUUUCUCCAUCAAAAGAAUUCACACUUGGCCAAGUUAGAGUUUCAUCACCAACCUCAAGUUUGGACACAAGCGAGCUCUCUAUGAAUGACAGUGUCUGUGGAUGUUUGUAUCAGUGCGAGUGUCAAACAGGAAUACCUUCGGCUGAAGACUUCAGGGAGGAAUUGAAAGCUAUUUCUAUUUGUGUCUUGAAGGCGCGCAGAGAGUCUGCAGCUCUGUACAAAAAGCCUCAGGUGAAAUACUUUCUAGAUGAAGAGCAAGGAGAGAUGGACAUUUUCCAUGGUCGUCUUCAAAAGAAAGAAAACAGAAACGUGCCAAUGUUGGUGAGAGUUAUCUUAAGGCUUCGAAAACACUUUUUUGGCACAUUGGAAUCAAAAUCUUCCCACGAUAACAAAACUCGAAGCGAUGCUAAUAACAAUCGAUUCCACCCAGUAGGAAAAAUCGGAGAUCAAACCUCUGAAAGUAAGCAGCGAGACCGAAAAAUCAGCUUUUCCCCUUCAGCCAUGCUCCUUAGCGCGAUUGGUGAGAAUUCAGCCGCUGAAGUGAAAGAAGUCAUCGAAAGGGAGAGAAUAGAUGUCAAUCAGCUGAGUCCAAGUGGUCGCUCGUUAUUGCACAAGGCAGCAGUCGCCGGAGAUCUUGAAAGCAUUCAUACACUCAUCCAAUAUGGCGCCAUGGUGAAUAUCUUAGACCAAGAUGGCUUUCCACCCAUUCAUUCGGCACUCAAAAAAGCUCAUUUCAAAUGUGCCAUUCUACUUAUUGAAUGCGGCACCGACGUAACACGGUACACAACAGAACGCAUUCGGGAAUUCCUUGAAAUUAAAGAAAUGUCAAAAGGACACAUGCCAGUACUCCUCAAAACAACUUUGUGACUUCUUCAAUCAAGGCCAUAAAUUUACAAAUUCAAAAUUUAGUGGUCUGAUCGUUACCUGCAGAUUAAUUGUACAGGUUUACAAAGUCUCAAGAAUUUGUGACUAAUUUUCAAGGUUCGACUAAUUAACGAAAGUUUUGGUGUAACCAUUGUUUGCUAGUUUUCAAUCCAUAUUAUGACAGUUGGCUUUGCUUAAGCGAUUGAGUGUUUGUGCUUUUUCGAAAGAAGUCGUUUUAUUGAACGGAUGAUAAUCUUCGUCAACAUCAUUAUCUGGAAGAACAAAAUUAAAAAUUAUCCUCUCCUA